AUGGGGUCUUUGGCAGCGACCAUUCGUUUCGUCACGCUGAACUGCCGAACGCUGUCCAGUGAACUCCAACAAGCCUCCCUAGCCAGGCUUCUACGAUAUCUCUGUGUGCCGUUUGUUGCGCUGCAGGGAACACGCUUCAGAGAUCGGCCCGUCAUCGGCAUCGAAAAUUACACCAUAUACUGCGGAGAUGCUAAUGAAAAGAAAGUAGAUGGCUGCGCGUUAGCUGUGAAGAACGAUUACAACAAUCUGGUGGAGGAAUUUGGCUCAAAGUCAUCUAGAUGCGCCUUUGUACGACUUUGUACGAUCGCAGAGGACAUAAACUCUGGAUCGUGA